AUGCAGCGCCACGUGCAGGAGGGUGGGAAUAACCUGCUGCCGCAUGAGGAACUACCACGACAUCGGCAUAUUGCGAAGGGCGGUGCCAGGGUAACUGAUGGCCUUUGCGUGACGUACACGGAGAGGUGUAUCUAUAUUACAGAAAACCGGUGUCUAUAUGGCCUAUUCCCGGAUAAGAAGGCAUAUAGGCGUUAGUGGGUAUGUUCUGCUACAGGUAUGCACGGUAAGUAGGGAGUUCGUUGUUUGAUGCAUUUAGGAAGGUCAAGGGUAGUAACCCGCCGGAUGCACACGGUAUUGACUUAUCGGACAGCAGGGGGAGAAAGUGUGUCCAUGGCGCGACGCAUUAUAGACUGUACGAUAGGCUCUCAGUCGUUCAGAAUUUCUGGAUAUUAUGCGAGGGAGAAAGAUGUGCGAAGUCCUCGGGACAUGGCGACAAGAUGACUUCAAUUCCGGCAUGCGUCGUGGUAAGUGCGUCCAUGAUUCCGUCAACCUUGCGGGGGAUGCCCAAACGGAGCUAUCGCACGAUCCGUAG